AACUAGAAGAAGAAGAAGAAGAUGGGGAACUGUUUAGUAAUGGAGAAGAAAGUGAUAAAGAUAGUGAGAAAUGAUGGAAAGGUACUUGAAUAUAGAGAACCCGUUUGUGUUCAUCACAUCCUUACUCAAUUCUCUGGCCACUCUCUCUCUCACAACAACACUCAUCUCCUGCCUGAUGCUAAGCUUAUCUCCGGCCGCCUCUAUUAUCUCCUGCCUACAUCAAUGAUCAAGAAGAAGGUCAACAAGAAAGUGACGUUUGCGAAUCCUGAAGUGGAAGAGGACGACGACGAAAGAUCACCACUAAGAGAAGACGAUGAUUCUAGUGAAAGCAACAGCAAAAUCAUGGAUGGUGUCGUGAGGAUGAAGAUAGUUGUGCAUAAGCAAGAGUUGGAGAAGCUGCUUCAAGGAGGGUCGGUCCAUGAGAUGAUGUAUCAGACUCUCGAGAAACAACAACUCUUGGUUACUGAUGAUCAUGAUGAUGGUGAUCUUGAAUGUUAUAGCGGCUGGAGACCUAUGUUAGAUAGCAUACCUGAAUCUGAAAGUUUCAGAAGAACAUAAUUAACACAUAUCUGUUUUUGUGGUUUUGUUGUAUAGAAGCUUCAAAGCUAUAUUAUAGAAAAAGACUGUGUGAUAUUGAUCAUGAUGACAGUUAGAGCUUUAUUGUUUUGUUUCCAA